AAUGAUUCACGUAUGACACAGAGAAUGGGAGCAUCUGCCUCAUCGAACCUUGCUGCUAUCGGUGGCGAUCCGAUUCAAGCAGCAAGGCUAUCGUCUUCCGGCAAUGUUGAUCAGUUCAGCAUUGGUGCAAGAGAGCGAAAAAAGAAGGUAACAGGCUUUGCAACCCUUCGUAAAAAAUUCAUUCGCCGUCGUAGAACGUCGAAGGCCUGUGACCACGGUCGUGUCAUAAGGGAACUAGUAUCAACCUGGAGUCCACUCGAGGCAAGUGCACUUCUUGAGGAAUACGAGGCCCUGGCGGCGCUCAAAGAUCUCCACGUGCAGGCAGAGCUAGCAAGACCCCCAGCCACAACCUUCAAACAGGAUUUAUCAACUCUCUACGAUUACAAGCACUGCACAGACGUUGAUCUUGUGUACCGUGGUGCAUGUUUUCCGGUGCACAGGGCCCUACUCUCAUCGAGAUGUCCAUACUUCAGGGAAUUACUGGCAGGCUGUCCUGGUUAUGGUGCGAGAAUAUGUUUGGAACUGAGAACACCAAAUCUCGAGGUGCACAUGUUCUCAGCUCUACUCCGUUAUCUUUACACUGGUGAUAUUUGUACACAUGACACGUCCCUCGAUGGCAAUUUGUUGAGGCGUCUUGGUGAGGAGUUUGGCACUCCUAAUCUGCUGGAGCACGAUCUCAGAUACUUACUUGAUACUGGUGACUACGCCGAUGCUGCUCUAGUUUUUACGUCCGAUGGGGAUUAUCAGAGGCCCGACAGUGGCAGCUCGGAGUAUGGAUUCAGGCCGAAAUUGGAGUUACCCUGUCACAAGGCAAUUCUCUCAGCGAGAUCGACAUUCUUCAGGAAUUUGAUACAGAGGAGAACGAGAUCGGGGGAGGAUCACACGGAGAGGGCACUGCACAUACCCACGAGAAUUGUUCUGGAUGAGUCGGUUAUACCCAAGAGAUAUGCCAGGGUUUUGCUCCAUGCUGUUUAUCUCGAUACCGUGGAUCUAUCGUUGAUUCUCAGGGGGAGCGGCUGUGGGAGCUCGGCGGGGAGUCUCGGGGAAGUACAGGCACUUACGCAUACCGGGAGGAUGAGACCUAGUCCCCUUGAGGAGGCCAUGGAACUGUAUCAGAUUGGACGGUUUCUCGAGCUGGAUAUUCUCUCCCAGGGAUGCGAGGAUCUCAUUCUUGAGUGGCUGACGCAUGAAUCACUGCCGAUUGUUCUGAGAUGGGGAAGUCAACCGCACGGUUCAGCCUGGGUUCACAGACAAGCCCUCCACUUUCUCAGAGAGGAGUUUCAAACGAUAGCUUCCACCUCAGUCCUCUAUCAGCUAGAUCACACUCAUCUCGUCCACGCACUCCAGAGUCACUUUCUCCAGGCUAGUGAAUUAGAAGUACUCCAAGCUGUUCUAAAAUGGGGUGAACACGAGUUGGUGCGAAGGAUGGAGGAUCGUGAGCCAAAUUUGCUCAGUCACACCGUUCACUCGGUGGCACGAAAGGGGGUGAAAAAACGAGAUCUCAGUGAUAUAGAACUGCGAGAAAUUCUCAGUGAACUUUUGCCACUUGUUAGGAUGGAUCAUGUCUUACCACCCAACAGUGAAAUUCUAUUACAGGCAAUACGUCGAGGUCUUGUUUCAACGCCCCCCAGCCACAUGAUCGGCGAUGAGAGGGAAAAUAUGAGGAUCAAUGCGUGGAUACGAGGGGGAAAGCGGAAUGGCCUAUUUGUACGGCCUCGUUUAUUUAUGCCCUAUUACGAGGAAAUUAAGAGUCUAGUCGAAGAGCAAAUGAUUCAAGAAGCGGAACUAGUAAGACUGCGAAGAGCCCGAUACAUUCCUGACAUACCAGAUACACUUUACAUGGUCGAUGAGAAACCAAGGUCUAUGGGUGCAGUUGGCGUAGAUGUACUCGCUGCAGCACUUCCUGUUCCAGACGCAAUGACAAUGUCUGCGAUGCUGAAACGCGAACAAAAACUCAGACAGUCGCCGAGUUGUCAACGGGCUGUGAGUUUACCCCUAUCGUGUCGUCACGAGAUAAACAGACAAGUGAGAUUACGUGUUGUGCGUGAGUUUAAUCUACCGGACGCUGUUGCUGAUCUCCUUGAGAAUGCAGCUUUCUAUGGCAACGUGGAGCAGGAUGAAAACAUGACAGGGAUGGAGAAUAUGGAGGCUGUGAGCCCGGGAAACAUGAAUGUCAGCACGAGUGCAACGGUGAACGUUUGUUACGGGAGGAAUAUGACGUUUCCUCGGCCGAAUUCAUCGUAUGGGCUCAGGCAUGAGCUUCCUGCUGUCGUUACUGAGGGGGAGAAUUAUAGACAUCAGGGAGAGCAACAGGAUAAUAAUCCUUGCGGCGAUGGUCACUUAUCCGGAAUAAUGCCGGACGUGGCCAUGGCAACAGCAUCGUUUGGGGCACUCCAGCUGGUGGAACAGCAGGAACUGGAGUUGGACCUUGGGGAUGGUGCCUCGCAUCUCCUCCAGCAUGCCCAGAACUCCGUCAACAGUCUGGGACCCCAUCAUCCACUCCUGCCGCAUCAACGACAGAGACACUUCCCCGGUCACCCACCGCCACCCUACAUCUACCAUCGUUCUAGUACUGGUUUACCUAGAUUCAUUUGAGAUACGUAAAAAUGAGGAUGAGGGAGAGUUAUACUUUCUGAUGAGAGACUGUUCAUCGAGAAUAUCUGCAACUGCAGUUGUUCCUCUGGGUAACUAGAAUAGUAGCCUAAUGGUAGAACUGUUUCUGUUGACGUGGCGUCCUGUGGUGAGUAAAGGAAAAGCGGAAUGAAGAAAAAAUUGGAAAUUUGCAUCCAAUUAUUUUUGAAAUAUUAGGGAAAUGAGUGUAUUUAGAUGAAGAUGUCGAGAAAUGUUUUUAAAAGUACUAAAUUGAGUUGCAGCAUGAAAAAUGUGAAAUCCACAUGUACAUAAUUUUCAUAAUGUCGGGGAAAUUAGUGCAAUAUCAGGGAAAUUUAUCUAAAGAAAAUGAUGAAUUACGAAGAGUGGAUAGAAAAUAUUAGAUACGCAUCCACAUUGUUUUCGAGAUAUGAGAGGAAUUAGUAGAGUUAGAUG